GCUUUGUGAGUAUGGGCGCUGUAAAUUUUCAGGCGUCAGCUGAUUCCUCACAUCACUGACGGUCACGCACGGGUUGCUGCGUAAUUUAAAACCCCAGACACAUAAACAGAUCGAUGUGGAUGUUAUGCGACUAAGACAAAAAUCUGUCUUGGGGGUAGUGAAUCUAUAUGGCGGCAGAAAUACACCCCAAACCUCAGGCUCGGAUACCCGUCCUACUCGGUAAAAUUGAGGCUUUCCAAGAUGUGGUUAGCACUGCGGUCAUCAUUCCCAAAGAAGACGGGGUAAUCACUGUGUCGGAGGACAGGACAGUUCGGGUAUGGCUGAAGAGAGACAGUGGGCAGUACUGGCCAAGCAUCUACCACACUUUGCCAGCUCCCUGCAGCUGCAUGUCCUUCAACCCAGAGACCCGCCGCCUCUCCCUCGGCAUGGACACCGGAACAGUGUCGGAAUUCAUAUUGGCUGAAGACUACAACAAGAUGACCCCCUCAAAGAAUUACCAGGCUCACCAGGGUCGCGUGACAGUGGUACUGUUUGUCCUGGAGAUGGAGUGGGUCCUCAGCACUGGCCAGGACAAGAACUUCACCUGGCACUGCUCAGAGAGCGGGCAGCGGCUGGGCGUGUACCGGACUCCGGCCUGGGUCUCCGGGCUGCAGUUCGACGUGGAGACGAGGCACGCUUUCGUGGGUGAGCACUCGGGACAGGUGACCAUUCUGAAACUGGAGCAGGACCGGUGCAGCCUAGUCACUACAUUUAAAGGACACGCAGGCAGUGUGACGGCUCUGUGCUGGGAUCCUGUCCAGCGGGUGCUCUUUUCCGGAAGCUCAGAUCACUCCAUCAUCAUGUGGGACAUCGGGGGAUGCAAGGGGACCGCCAUCGAGCUGCAGGGGCACAAUGAGAAGGUACAGGGGCUUAGCUGUGCUCCUCACACUCGGCAGCUGAUCUCCUGCAGCUCUGAUGGAGGCAUCGUCAUCUGGAACAUGGACGUCACCCGGCAGGAGACCCCUGAAUGGCAGGACAGUGACUCAUGCCAGAAGUGUGAGCAGCCAUUCUUCUGGAACUUUAAACAGAUGUGGGACAGUAAGAAGAUUGGGCUGCGGCAGCACCACUGCAGGAAAUGUGGGCAGGCUGUGUGCGGAAAGUGCUCUUCCAAACGCUCCACCAUCCCGCUCAUGGGGUUUGAGUUUGAGGUGCGAGUGUGUGACCCUUGCCACGAAUCCAUCACUGAUGAAGACCGUGCUCCCACGGCAACCAUCCACGACAGCAAGCAUGGCAUCCUGUACAUGCACUUUGAGCCCACCAGAGGCUGGCUGCUGACCUCUGGGACUGACAAGGUCAUCAAGCUAUGGGACAUGACCCCAGUGGUGUCCUGACAACUCCUGUUGCCACAGGCAACACCGAGCAAGCCUCACACAUUGGGGGCGGAGCUCCAGUGACCACGGCAUUGCUUACUGCCAUCCUGGGAGGAGAGAAGACACAGGCUUCAAGAACUCCUGAUCCAUCCUGUCCAACAAACGCAGCACUGAUGCCUUUCUGAGCUGCACCUUUGGUCAGGGUGGGUUUCCUCUCCUCCUCCUCUUCCUCCCUGACCCCCUCCAGACAAUUUGUGGAACUUUUAAAACUCUUUUUACCAUUAUCAUUUCUAAAUGAAAUGAUUCCAACUCUAUGGUUACUGAUUGGUCAAGUGAAGGGGAGAGAUGGGAGUGAAUGGAAUCUUUUUACCCUCUUGUUCUCUCUUUGUGAUCUCUCUCUUUCCCCUACCCCUCCUCUCUUUCUCUCUCAUCCCUCUGUCUCUGGUAUUCCUCUGUGUGUCAUAUUUCUCUCUUUAUCUCUAGCAUCAUCUCAGUGUUCUUUGGUAGAUUUUUCCAGAAGGGAUGCCCAGUAAGACCGGUAUUUGGCUCUUUCUAUAAGUAUGUAGCUGAAGGAAACGGUUUGUUAAGUGAUUUAGUUUUGAUUCGAUAUUGGUUGGAUUUUGAGGUGGGUUUGUUUUAGAGUGGUAAUCUAGUUUACUAAAAAAGAUGUACCCUCUUUUCUUUGAUUCUCUAAUCCAUACUUGGUCUUGCUCUUCAAAUUCUCCUAGAUAUUGUGAUUUGAUGAUAGAACACAUAUCGGCACUAGUUUGCACAACCACCACAACCUAACUUCAAUUGAAAUGGACUCAAAGUGGCAUUUGAAAAUGUGUUUCAAGUGCUUUAUUUGCAGAAAUGUACAUAUCUUCAUAGCGAGGCUUUUUUGAUUUUUCUAUUAUUGUGGCCAUGAUAUGGCUAUCAGUAAUGGAGUGGAAGAUGACAAAAUGCCUCCUUAAUCAAAGCAAAGGAAGGGGAAAAAUUUAGAAAUGCACAAAUAAUAACAAAACCAAGUAUUAAUAUAUACUGUAUAUCACUGUAGGGCCCAGAUUACACACCUCAUGGGGGUGGUUGUACAAACGGCUAGUUUUUUUAGACUCUUUUUCACACACAGUUGUCUUAGCUGUUUGGUUUAGAAUUGCCGACAUGGCUAAAACGCAAAUAAUAUUUUUGCAUUCCUCUAAAUUGUACGGUGAUAUCAAUAACUUUCCUAAUGUGGUGAAGCUAAAACCAGUGACAUAUUACUUUGAGAAAUCCAAGUCUUGUUCCAAUUGGGGUUUUUUUCUCUGUGUGCUUCACUAAAGACACUUGGACAUGUGAAAGGAAGUAUGCUUUCUUGCUGUAUGUUGUGUUGCUCAGCUGUAUUGGCAGCUUGCUGUGUAUCCUCUUUGUUUUUGCCCUACUGUUUGAUCCCACAAUCAACCAGCCUGGGCUGGCAUGGAUUUAAUCAAGUACAAUGUGAUAAUACACGUAAAUCCCUUUUGAAUAAGGUGGGAAAGGAGAAUAAUGAAAAGCACACAUUCCUCAGACCAACCCCUCCCUUUGCUCACCUGUGCAGAUAGAGUUCUUGUGGUUGCUUAGCACAGAGGGGCAUGUUCUCUGUGCAUAGUUCCCUGAAAGUCCCCAGUGGAGCUCCAAGUCUGGUCACAGUCUGCCAAAGCCAGUCAGAUACAGCAGGUGGGUGUUUCCUCACAGAAACUCACCAAUGGGCUGCCUCGAUCUUGUGACUGACAGACUUGGCAUAUGUUGGAUUUCAUGUGCAGUCUCUCCCACUCUCUUCUACAAAUGCGUAACUGGAACCAUCUGAGUGUUGUGAGAGUCCCAAGCAUUACUUAUUCAUGCUCCUCCCUCAGUCAGACUCUUCUGAGAGGGGUGUCAGUCCCACAAAGGAGGGAUCAAGUGAAAAUACUCUCUGUUAAGUGACACUGUCUCCUCUCCUGCUCAUGCUGUCCCUGACAUCCCUGAAUUAAUGGUGUGUGUGUGUGUGUGUGCGCGUGAAAGAUCAGUUAGUGCUGGAAUAUAUAUCGAUCCAAAUGUUCCAAAACUGAUUGUCUCAGCAUUCCAUUUUCCAAGUAAACCACAAUUCCCAUUCCUGUAGUUGUGUACACACACUGGUGGAUGUUAAGCAGAGCAGAAUGUUCUAUUAACAGUAUUCAUUUACCAUACAAAUUGUGGUACAUACUUUGUGAGGAGGUGGUAACCGGGGCCAGUGGACAGUGCGUCACCAACUUUUGUCUUGUGGUGUCAUUGCACAUUUUUGUCUUCUGUGACCGUUGGUACAGUCUUUUGGAAUAUUGUGCACAAACUGCUUGGAACAUUCUGAUUUUUGUCAGGGACCAGUUUUAUUAAAGUGAAUUUGUGCUGCUAGUGUGCUUGAGAUGAUUAGUGUUCUACAGUUAGCAUUUGGUGGGAAGAGACAGAAAUUCUGUUGUGUACAUAUUUACAGAACUAUGGGACAAACAAGACCAUAUGUGGUUUUAAUUUUUAGUUGCCUUAAAUCCAGUUUUUUGUUAUUUUGGAGCCAAGUGACAUUUGAUCAUUCUUAUAGAAUUGGUUUAUUUUUUAUAUUAUGUAUGUUUCCCAGGGAUCUUAAAUAAAAAGUAAUUGUGCCCAUGAGAGGUUUCUUGAAUCACAGAGGUUUUCCCAGAACUGUGUGUUUAUCUGCACUAAUUUCACUGUUCAACAUAACUGGUUGGUCAGGCACAAUUUGGAACUUUCUUCAGCAGAUUUUUGUAUUUUAGAUCAGGACAACAGAUUCAUGGAGGCAAUUUCAUGUUGGUGGCUAACUCAGUAACUACUUUGUAUAAAGAAGGCAAAUAAAGUGUUCUUUCAGUCA